AUGCCGGCCGUCAUGGACGACCCGACCAGCCCCACCAUCCACCGGGUGUCCGGCCAGCCUCCCUUCCCGGACCCAAGCAGUCCCGGACUCCCUGCCGAUAUUGUGCCCUGUCAAGUGACCUUGCGAGAUCGCCAGACGGUGGCCACCAUUGUUCCCUUUGCGUCGAGGCAUCAAUUACCCAGGUCGCUGCUGGUCUACCUCUGCGACCAGCUGAACCGGGAAAUUGAAGGCGGCGACACGUAUCCCAUGACGGACCCUUUUACCGUCGACGGGUUCGCCGAUUACUGGUUUCAGACGUUUGCGGCCGUCAUGCUUUUGGGCAACAUUGGCAGUGUCGACGACGUGGUCGACUACAAGGACUGGGCCAAGGAGUGCCUGGGCAGCUUCUUCAUCAAGCCAAACUAUCCGGGACGGAGCAGCCACAUAUGCAACGCCAGCUUCAUCACCACGGAUGCCUCUCGCAACCGCGGCGUGGGCCGUCUCAUGGGCGAAGCCUACAUCGACUGGGCACCCCGGCUGGGUUACACCUACAGCGUGUUUAAUCUGGUCUACGAGACCAACGUGGCCUCGUGCCGCAUCUGGGACGCCCUGGGCUUCAAGAGGAUCGGCCGGAUCAAAGCCUGCGGGAACCUGCGCAGCCAUCCGGACAGGUUGAUUGACGCCAUCAUCUACGGCCGGGACCUGGCGCCCGGCGAGAGCGAAGAGCUGGUCAGCGAAGAGCGCUUCGACAAGAUCCGGUUCUACCUCAAGUACGGCAAAUACCCCAGCGACGCAGGCCGUGCCGAGAAGAGCAGGCUGCGCAGCGCCGCGAUUCACUACAAGCUCCUCGAGGGAGACAAGCUGAUGUUCAAGGACAAGGAGGUCAUCUCCGACCCUGCGCGACAGUACGAAAUCGCAAGGAACGUGCACGCCUGCACCCACGGGGGCAUCAACAAGACGACUGCCACCAUUGCGGAAAAGUACCACUGGAGCCGCAUCAAGGAGACCGUCAGCGACGUCAUCCGCGCCUGCGUCGACUGCAAGGAGCUGGGCAAGACGACGCCCACCUCCGGAGGUGGCAGAAAGACCGUGUCGGCCAGCACGCCCACCAACGCCUCGUCCGCUCCGCCGGCGCUCGUCGGCGCCGCCAGCAGCAGCACGCCCACCGACCAGCAUCAAGCCGCCGCCGCGUCUCCUUCACACCAACAACCCUCCCCGGACGGCAGCGACAUGAGUGCCAGACGGCGCGUCUUGUCUCUCGAGCCCAGCCACGCCGGUCUCAUCGCCGCCUUACCCCGACCCGACGCCGCUUCGAGCCCGAGCCCGUACGCCAACCCGAGCGACAUAUCCGUGCUGCCGCCUUCGCACGCUGGCCAGACGUCCAGCCACCUCCUGGGCGAUUCCCGCGCCCGCCACCACGACCCCAUGCUCCACGGCCAGCCGAGCGCUCACGACUCCGUCUACCCCAUCGACCCCCAAAUAAUCAGUCACCACGACCAUCAUCACCACCACCACCACCACCAACACCACCACCCAACCCAGCAGGACGACCUGCACUUCGACCACUACCACCCCCAUGCCGACUUUCAGGCCCUCUUGAACGCAACCGAGGACGUCGUCCCCCACCAAGACGCGGAUUCUCCCGAGGACGCGGCUGCGGCAGCAGAGGCGGCUGCAGCUGUCGAUAGAGAUCUAGAGAUGCUGAUUGAGCAUGACCACGUGGAUGACCACGACAGCGGAAUGCAGGAUCUGGACGAAGGGGACAGGAGUGUCGAGCAUUGCAUGGUAGUCUUGUUGGAUUAA